AUGGCCAGAUCGAGUAAAGCGACUUUGGUCUUGCUCGUCUACGGAAUCAUAAUGCACUACAGCGUCUACUGCACACCUAUCGGACUAAGUUACCCUAAAAUCAGACUUGAAAACGACGCCUUCGACGAGGACGGCAAUUCCUUAUCCGACAUGGGCUUUGACAGUGAUCAGAUAGGCAUCCGGAGCCCAGCGUCGUUAGAUGACGACCUGUACCCGCUGUACUUCCCGCCAGGGAAGAGAGCAGAGAGGCAUGCAGAUGAAGAAUUAGAUAGAGCCUUGAGGGAGAUCCUGGGUCAGUUAACAGCGAGGCAAUAUCUGCAUUCUCUGAUGGCAAUACGUGUAGGCGAGGAUAGCAGCAUGGAGGACGAGACGGAGCCCUUGUCCAAAAGGCACUCAGACGGCAUCUUCACCGACAGCUACAGCCGCUACCGGAAGCAGAUGGCCGUCAAGAAGUACCUGGCAGCGGUCCUGGGAAGAAGGUACAGACAGAGAGUUAGGAACAAAGGACGUCGACUUGCCUAUUUGUAG